AUGUGCGAAAGAAAGAAGAAGGAGGAGAAAGAAAGGAUGAUUAGAGAGAUAGGAGAAGCGAGAACGGAAAGAAAGGUAUGGGAAUUGAUAGGCAGAGUGAGGAAGAGAAGGAAGAGGAUAAACGAAGAGAUAAAACCGGAGGAGUGGAAGGAAUACUUCAUGGAAUUCAUGGGUGGAGUGGAGAACAGAGUGGUGAAAGGGAAAGGAGGAGGGGGCAGACAAGAAGAGGAAGGGAUAGAACUGGAGGAGGGGUUAAUAGCAGACAUAGACGAUUACAUGAAGAAAGACGGUUGGGGAGGCAUGAGAUUAAGAGGCGAGAAGGUAUACACGCUAAUGUAUGCAGAUGAUAUAGCACUGUUGGCGGAGGAGGAACAGGACAUGAGGUCAAUGAUAAGCAGGUUAGAGGGAUAUCUAGACGGAAAAGGUUUAACACUGAGUAUAGAGAAGACAAAGAUAAUGAGGUUUAGAAAGGAAGGAGGAAGGAAGAAGAAAUAUGACUGGAGAUGGAAGGGAAGGAAGUUAGAGGAGGUCAAUGAAUUCAAAUACCUGGGGUAUACGUUGAAGAAGAAUGAAGGACAGGAAGCGCAUAUUAGAGAGAAAAGAAAAAAGGCAGCAAGAACGGUGAUGGGAUACGGGGCAGAAAUAUGGGAAUGGAAGGAAAGGAGGGAGGUAGAAGGUAUUCAUGAAAGAUACCUCAGAUGGGUACUUGGAGUAAACUGGAGGACGCCAGGAUAUAUGGUUAGAGAUGAACUAGAAAGGGAAAAGAUGAGAGCUAGAGCAAGUAAGAGAGCAUGGAAGUUUGAAAGAAAACUGGAAGAAGGUAGAGGAGGUGAAAUAGCAAGAAAAUGUUUGGAAGAAAUGAAAGAGAGAUGGAAGAGGGGAAAGAUAAUAGGAAGAUGGGAGCAGGAGAGAAAGGGCUAUCUGGAAGGGAUUGGGGUAGAAGUGGAAGAGGAAGAGGAGGUAUUGGAGAGAAAAGAGAAAUGGAAGGAGAAACAAGAAAGAAUGGAAAAAAUCAGGGAAUCGAAUUACAAUAAAUGUACGACUCUAGAGGAAAUUGAUAUAUUUAGUUCGAAUUUAGAGCCACAACCUUCUACUUCAAAUGUUCAAAUUGAGUCUAAUCACCAAGAACAGAUGGAGAUUGAUGUCAUUAAUUCACAAGAACAAUCAUUGUCAUCUGGGAAAAUUCCUCCGCUGAGUAAAUCAAAUGACUACAAAUAUCCAGACCAUCCGCCGAAUUUGCUGCCGUUGGAUCCAAUUACAGAGCGUCUCAUAUCUCCAAGACUACCGUUUAUGCAAAUACGUCGACUACGGUACGAAACCGGUACCUACAAAAUAAUAGGACAAGUUAUAAACGUUCUGGUAGAAGUCGACAACAUGGUUAAGCACAACGUGGUAAUGCUCUCUGCAGCGGCGUGA